GUUAAGGUUAGGGUAGGGGUUAAGGUUAGGGUUUAGGGUAGGGACGUACCAGGGAUCCCGGAUAGCACUAACGUAUGAGAAAGGCGGUUCCUUCGAGUGAUUUCAACACCGCGCACCGGGCACUGCACAGGUGGCGUGGCGUCAGCACCCGUCUGGUGAGCGAGCGCGCCGCGGUUUUUGCGUGACCCAAUUGGAGUAUUAGAGGCCGCUUCCUUCCAUCAGAUCGGUAUCUACCCGGUAACCCGGUCCCCUCACUCCACCAUUCAGGCCACUGCACCACUUUCCCCGUUACCGGCAUCUACCACCCGAGUCGAUGCUACCUGGAAAACGAAGAGCCGAAAUUAUGUCGGUCUCGGUGGCGUUCAUUGGAGUACUGAUGCUGCAUUCUGUCUCCUCGCAGAACGCUGGCUUUGUGAAGUCUCCCCUGUCUGAGACCAAACUAACAGGCGACACCUUUGAGCUGUACUGUGACGUGGUCGGUAACCCAACCCCAGAGAUCCAGUGGUGGUACGCUGAGAUCAACCGGGCCGACUCCUUCCGCCAGCUCUGGGACGGCGCCCGUAAACACCGCGUCUCCAUCAACACGGCGUACGGCGCCAACGGCGUGAGCGUUCUGGGCGUGACGCGUCUCGGCCUGGAGGAUGCUGGGACGUACGAGUGCCGGGCCAGUAAUGAUCCGAGGAGGAACGAUCUGCACCAAAACCCUGCCACCACCUGGAUCAGAGCACAGGCCACCAUUACCGUGUUGCAGAAGCCGUCAAUCAACUCGUCAGACCACAUCACGCUGCCAGUUGAUCACCACAGCCUGCCCCUCACCCUGCAGUGCAACCUAACUUCAGCCCACAGCACCCACCUUGAGAGCUUCUGGAUGAAGAACGGGGAGGAGAUCGAAGAGACCCGCGGAGAGAGAGCCAACACUGAGUACUACCUGAAGAAGCCCAGAGGAGACGAUGCAGGGGAGUACAUGUGUGUAUACACCUUCGAUAUGGCUCCGCCUGCUAACGCCACCAUCGAGGUUAAAGCUGGUCCUGACAUCAUAGGCCACAAGCGUAGUGACAAUAAGAAUGAGGGUCAGAAAGCCCUGCUGUACUGUAAGGCCACGGGAUACCCCUACCCCAUCUGGACCUGGCGCAAACUGGACAACGGGUUCUACAUGGACAUUGACAACUCCUCCGGCCGUUUCUUCAUUAACAACAAAGACAACUACACUGAGCUGAGCAUCAUCAACCUGGACAUCGGCUCCGACCCUGGGGAGUACCAGUGUAACGCCACCAACAUGAUCGGCACUUCGUCCAUUGUGUCUGUGCUGCGGGUCCGGAGCUACCUGGCCUGGCUUUGGCCUCUGCUGGGCGUCCUGGCCGAGGUCAUCGUCCUGGUCAUCAUCAUCGUGGUCUACGAAAAACGAAAGAAGCCAGACGACAUACAAGACGAUGACGAACCAGCUGGACCAAUGAAAAGUAACUCCACCAACAAUCACAAAGACAAGAACCUUCGUCAGAGGAACACAAACUGAGCACAUUGAUAAUAACAUAUUAUACAUGUAUGUAUUGACCAUAUGAAG